AUGGGUCCCAUCAAGCAGAAAGUCCACAUUAACUGUGAUUUGGGAGAAGGAUAUGGCAACUUCAAAUGUGGCCCUGACGAUGAGUUGAUACCCAUGAUCGAUCAUGCCAACGUGGCGUGCGGUUUCCAUGCCGGGGACCCUCUGAUCAUGUACGAUCCUGUUUGCGAUAUUUAUAGAAGCCUCAUGCUGAAAACAAUGACCCUAGGCAAGAGACCGUCCGGACAUGCAAGGAAAGGGGCAUAG